AUUGAAAAUGACUUUGCUUAUGUUCACUGAUCAGUUACUUUGGGAAUAUGCUUCAGAUCGUGCAAAACUUUGGUGAAUCUGGCUUUACUGAUUCGUGGGUGUAAUGCAAUUUAUGCGAUAAUACACAUUUUAUUCGCAAUUAAUUUGGCAUAUGAUUAAACUUGUUGAGUGGAUUACUCAUUGUCGUCGCGUUCUUUGUGUGCAAAUUCGCUUUGGGCUGCGUCGGUGAAGUCUACAUGGCCGAGUCACGUCGCACUGGUUUUGAGCCACCACGGAAGACAAAUGUACACGCACCCACUGGAAUGACAUCUCCAACCUCUGGGAGGCCAUCUCGUUCACUGGCGCCCCUUGACCGUGGACGAAGGUGCUGGAGCGACAGAGAAGAGGAGAUUCUAAUUGGAACGCUGAAAGAACUCGUCGCCACUGGAUGGAAAGCAGACAAUGGAUUUAGGGGCGGGUACUUGGGUAAGAUCGAGGACGCGCUACGCCGUGAGUUCCCUAACACUGACUUGAAGGUAAACCCACAUAUCCAGUCCAAGAUUCAUACUUGGAAGAAGCACUACGGCGCAUUGUCACAAGUCCUCAGUAGGAGUGGUAUCGGCUUCAAUCUCUACGGUGACUACAAAAUCGACUGCGAUGACGCUGCAUGGACCGAUAUUCUGAAGUCCGACCCAGGUGUAAAAGGGGUCCGCAAUAAGUCUUGGCCUUACUAUGACGAUUGGAAAAUCGUCUUCGGCAAGGACAAGGCCUGUGGUGAACAUGCAGUUGGUCCGCGAGAGGCGUAUCAGCAGAACUUCUCUGGUUCCUCACAGGUUUUUGCAGGUGAGGGGAGUUCAUACCAUGUCCCUGAUCCAUUCAUCGGUGAUGAUUCUGCGUCUCAUACCCUCUCCCCUGAGGCACCAACCGACAGCGGAUUUAGCGCAGCAGGAGGAAGUGAUCCCAAGGAAAAUGCAGCCAAGGAACGUGCACCAAAGAAGCGCAAAGCCAAGGAGGAUGCUCUAGACAGGCUGGUUGAUGUGAUUGGUAAGAUGCAUGAGGACACUAACAACAGGCUUGAAUAUCUUGCCAACCGAAUUGGGUAUGAGUUCGACUUGACUAAGUCGAGGAAGGAGGUUUUCAACCUUGUUGGGGUCAUUCCUGGUCUCACUCUUGAUCAAGUCUUCGAUGCCUCUGCUAUCAUACUAUCAAAGGUGGAAAAUUUGGACUUUUUCAUGAGUCUUCAUGAAGUUGCGAGGCAAGCUUAUGUUUACCGAGCUUUGGAGAAGUUUAAUGGCAAUUGAAUGACAAGGAAGUAUGCUAUGGUUUUUUGGCUGUUUGGAAGUGUUGACAUCUAGACUUAUUAAAAGGUGUACGUAUCACCUUCUUACUUUUGUUGGAGCUAAAUUAUGUAGUAUACUGCUCCUUCUACUAUCCCUUAUCAUGGACUGGUAUCAGUUAGAAUGGCUUUUGUCUGUAAAUUGAACGUCUAUAUGUAAGAUAUGGUAACUGACUAUGUAGGUGUCUCUAUAUAUGGCUUACAUCUAUCUUAUGUUAA